AAAAACGACUUAAAUGUUUUAAUACAAGCUUAAUAAGCAUUUUCUGAUAUUGUGGGCCAUUUCUGUUUUUGUUUCACCGCUGCAUAGUGGGGUUUAGGCUUAGUUUGACAGGCAGGAGGUUUUAGCCAAUGGGAACGCAGGAUCUGUGAUAACGUGACCGGACAAACGCAGCACCUGCCACGUGACAGUCAAACGGAAGCGGGCGGGCGCCAUUUCAUUCUAAAGCUGCAUAGAUCAUCCAGUGCAGCGUCAACGGAGGCAGGAAAAAAAAUUGAAUGGUUAAAAACAGCGCCCUCAGACCAAUGGAAGCGGCCAUCAACCCACCUCACGACAGUGGUGUGAUGGACCAGCAUACCAGCUCAGGCAAACGCAUUCGAAAGCCCUCCCUGUUGUACGAGGACUUCGAGAGCCCCUCACUGCCACAUGCACCCCCUGCCCCUCCGCAGCCCCCAGUGAAGGACCCCAGCCGGCCCGGCCGCAUGACCAACCAGCUGCAGUACCUCCACAAAACCCUCAUCAAGUUCUUGUGGAGGCACCACUUUGCCUGGCCUUUCCACAAGCCGGUGGACAUCUACAGGCUGAACCUGCCGGAUUAUUAUAAAAUUAUCAAACAGCCCAUGGACAUGGGGACAAUAAAGAACCGUUUAGAAAAUAACUUUUACCAAAGUGCGAGUGAGUGCAUUCAGGACUUCAACACGAUGUUCACCAACUGCUACAUCUACAACAAGCCGACAGACGACAUUGUGUUGAUGGCCCAGUCCUUGGAGAAGAUCUUCCUCCAGAAGGUGGCCCAGAUGCCCCAGGAGGAAAUUGAGCUUCCCCCUCCUGCUCCUCGCAACAAAAACAGCCGAGGAAGAGCUUCUCGAGCUCAGCAGGUACCAGCAGUGUCCCAGUCAGCCUACUCGCCUUCUUCUUCAGACACCGGUGACUUCAUGCUGGCCAGCUCUCCUCAGACGGUUCUAACCAAGAGCCUGCCUCCGGCCAACAUCAUGGGUCUGCCACCAACUCAGCCCACCACCAAAAAGAAAGGUGUCAAACGUAAAGCGGACACCACCACCCCCUCCACCAUGGGCUUUACUGUGGCCAUGUCAGGAGCAACACACAUGGUGGGUUUAGGGAAAGGAGGACACGGGGGACAAGUCCACGACACCUCCAUGCACUCCAUCUCCUCGAUGGGAGGCAUGAGCCUGGAGACUCCCCCGGGGAUGGGCCUGGUCAGGAGCCCCGGUGGUCCUGUCCUGCUCCAGCCCAUGAUGGCCGGCACCGGACGCAGGGUGGGCAGCGGACGUCCCAUUAAACCCCCCAACAAGGACUUGCCUGACUCUGUCCAGCAUCAGCCUUCCAAGAAGGGCAAACUCAACCCUCAGCUGAGGUACUGCAGCGGGCUGCUGAAGGACAUGCUGUCUAAGAAACACGCGGCGUACGCCUGGCCCUUCUACACACCUGUAGACACGGCUGCACUGGGACUCCACGACUACCACGACAUCAUCAAGUGUCCCAUGGACCUGGGCACCAUCAAGAGGAGGAUGGACUGCCGUGAGUACAGAGACGCUCAACAGUUCGCCAGUGAUGUCCGACUUAUGUUCUCCAACUGCUACAAGUACAACCCACCUGAUCACGAUGUUGUAGCGAUGGCCCGGAAGCUGCAGGAUGUGUUUGAGUUCCAGUUUGCUAAGAUGCCAGACGAACCACAGAUGGAACACACAGCCAUGUCCAUCAGCAGACAUCAAACGUCUUCUUCAUCAUCUUCGUCUUCCUCCUCAUCAUCAUCAUCUUCCUCCACCUCUGAGAGCGAGCCCAGCAGCGAGAGUGAAGAGAGCGAGAGCAGUCCCAGCUCAGACAGUGAAGAAGAACGAGCCCACCGCCUGGCGGAGUUACAGGACCAGGUGUGCACACAGCUGCGGGCCGUGCACGAGCAGCUGGCUGCCCUCUCCCAAGGCCCCAUCGUCAAGCCCAAGAAGAAGAAAGAGAAAAAAGACAAGAAGGAGAAGAAGAAAAAGAAGAAGGUCGACAAGCGAAGUCGGGGCGGCAGAAGCAGAGCUGGCUCUGAGGAGUGGAAAAUGCCGGGAAAGAUGCUGAAAAGCAAAUCUGCCAAAGCGGGCGGCUCACAGGCCAAGAAGGGCCAGAUGAAAAAGAGCAACAAGAACAGCAAGAUGGCGAAGAAGCCGUUCUACCCUCCGGUGGAGCCUACUUCCAUGCUUCCUCACUACGACUCCGAGGAGGAGGAGGAGAUCGUACCCAUGUCCUACGACGAGAAGCGCCAGCUCAGCCUCGACAUCAACAAGCUGCCAGGAGAGAAACUUGGACGUGUGGUCCACAUCAUCCAGUCCAGGGAGCCAUCGCUGAGAGACACCAAUCCCGAGGAGAUCGAGAUUGAUUUUGAAAUGCUGAAGCCGUCCACGCUGAAGGAGCUGGAGCGCUACGUCAUGACGUGUCUGAGGAAGAAGCCCCGUAAGCCCUACGGUGAGCAAGUAGGGAAGAAAGGCAGCUUGGUUCUGUCUAAGGAGGAGCUGACCCUGGAGAAGCAGAGGGCGCUGGAGAGGAGGCUGCAGGAUGUUAGUGGUCAGCUCAACUCGGUCAAGAAACCCACAAAACCUAAAGUGGAAAAGCCCAGCGCUGUGGAGACUCGCGCCCAGCCGUCACGCCUCAGCGGCAGCAGCUCCAGCUCUGACUCUUCAUCCUCUUCAUCCUCAUCCUCUUCGUCAGACAGCAGUGAUUCAGACUCAAGCUGAGAUGACGAGACGAAGCUUCGCUAACUCAGGGACCUGGGCUGGCCUAGGACACGCGACACCCUGAGACAGAAAGCGGACUCCACGUCUAAACCGAUCGGGUGGAGUUUGUUCUAAUAGAUCUGGAACCCAAACACAAACAAUGCCUUGGUUUCUCCUUUCUCUUGCUUUGUAAAUAUCUGUAGAAAUGUAUGUUUCUUUUAUAAAGAAGAUUUUAUUGUGAUCCCUGAAGAGGGAGGAGUGACGAGAAGACGGGCCUUACUGUUGGCUGACCCUCAUAAUGAAGAGUCACACUGAUCAGUUUAUUCACCCACAUCUCCUCAGAUUUCACCACAAUCUGAACAGCAAGCCUUCGCUUUUCUACAAUCGGACCUCUAGCUGAGCUAAAACGUAGGAUAAACCCUUCGAGUCGUUCGGUCAUCUCAAACGUGGUUAAAACCUCAAAUAAUAAUUAAAAAAGACUGAUAAUGGAUCUAAGAUGUGAUCCAUACCGACUCUGUGCUAGCUUCUGUUGACACGACUCAUUUGUUUGUGCACGACCGUGACAUUUCUGCUCUAGUCUGUUCUUAAAUCAUGUACAGUAGCUCAUGGUGGAUUUAUAUUAUGGUGUAAGGUAAGUUUAACAUACAGUGAUUACAACCUCUUCGGAUUUAAUUGAUUUACUGGUUUCCCGUUUCGUUUCGAACCAAAUUUGCUCCUUAGUAACAGGAUUUUUAAACAUUAUAAAUGUUUUUGAUGCUGUUCUUUAUUAAAGGCACCAAAAGUUCAGGUGAGUUUCUGAGCUGGGUGCAGGUUCCUUCAUGUUCAAGUUCAGGUUUCUCUUUUCAACAUCUAGCUCCUAAAUAUUUAUGCUUUUAAUUUGCUAAGCACAUCUGAAGCACUUGGAAACCUUAAUAUAUUAUUUAAUUUAAAAUUUUUAUUUAUUUGAUUAUAAAAGAACAGACAAAUAAAGGCCAAAUACACAAAAAGCCCCCCACCCCUGAGAGACGUCAAGAGUUGUAAAAAGUUGCAGUUGAAUGUUGACGAAAAGGAAUGCUUGUAAAAUAAAACUUGCUGUAUUUGCCGUUUCACAUGGUAUUCUCUUUAACCUGUUCAGUCUCUUCUUGGUUAUCAUUUCUAUUCAUUUCCACAUCAUUCCAGUUUUUUUAUUUUAUCAAAGCUUCCAUUUAAACUGCUCACCUUUUCUUCCAUCUGACCGUUUCUCUCUCCUGUAGAAAGUUUGUGAGGUUUGUUGUGUGUGUUUGAGUCUGUUUGACAUUUCUAGUUUAUAAUAAAACUAUUGUGUUGAACUUCA